AUGCCUUUCUAUUCUGCUAUAUUCCAUCCUUUACGAACACUCAACCUCUGGCUUGAGAACGACGCCAACGCGAGUGUAUUUGAUGUCGUCUUCCUCUUCUCUGUCUUCUCCGCCUUUGGUAUAUGGCUCGUCUUCGACAGGUACCAGAGGAAACACAACAACCCUGUACCGUUCACAUGGGACGCUCCUGACCCCGCAGACCCGAUGUGGAAGUCGGUCGUCAUCAAAAACGCGAACCUCAAGUCACACCUCGAGUACCCGGACCUGAUGCCGCUGCAGCACCCGGACCGCGACUACAUCACGAGCUACGACCCGGCGAGCAACCUGCACAUCGGCACGUUCCACGCGGACACGCGCGCGGACAUCGAGGACAAGAUUCUCAAGGCGCGCGCCGCGCAGGAGACGUGGCGCCUGUCGACGUUCCAGGAGCGCCGCCGCGUCAUGCGCAGCUUGCUCAAGUGGCUCGUGGACAACCAGGACGUGUGUGCGCGUGUGGCGUGUCGGGAUACGGGCAAGACGCUGGUCGAUGCUGCGCUGGGAGAGGUUAUCACGACGUGCUCGAAACUCGAGUGGAUGAUCAAUCAUGGAGAGGAGGCGCUGAAGACGGAGACGAGGCACUCGAAUUUGAUGCUCUGUUACAAGACUUCGGAGGUUAUCUAUGAGCCCAAGGGAGUUGCGACUGCUAUUGUUUCAUGGAAUUAUCCUCUUCAUAAUGCUUGGUCGCCCAUCAUCGCUGCUCUGUUCUCUGGAAACUCCGUCGUGAUCAAGUGCUCUGAGCAUGUCCAGUGGUCAACGAGUUGGUUCGUCGGCGCUGUUCAGCAAUGCCUGUUUACGUGUGGUUUCCCGGAAGAUGCUGUCCAGCUUGUGUGCUGCUGGCCCGACCAAGUCGAGGCUCUGACGCGGUCACCGCUCAUCAAGCAUAUCACAUUUAUUGGCUCUGAGGAAGUUGGUCGCAAGGUCGCCGUCGCCGCUACUGAGCACCUCACGCCUGUUACGCUCGAGCUCGGUGGAAAGGACCCUGCUAUUAUUUUGCCCGGCACCGACCUCAAGAGAUGGAUUAGUAUUUGGAUGCGUGGUGUAUUCCAAAAUGCUGGUCAGAACUGCAUCGGCAUCGAACGCCUAAUCGUACACUCUUCGCAAUACGACGCUCUCUAUGAGAUGUUCUGCGAGCGCGUCGCGAAGCUCCGCCUCGGCUCUGUGCUUGCGCCCACCGCUGAAGGCUACAUCAACACCGUGGAUAUGGGCUGCAUGGUCACCGCUGCCCGGUUCCAGAACUUCCAGGACUUUAUCUUUGAGGCGCAGAACGAGGGCGCUCAGAUCGACAUUGGCGGUAAGCCGGCGGACCAUGUGGUUACGGAGAGCAACACGUACUUCCAGCCUACUGUCGUCGGUGAUGUGGACCCGAAGAUGGAGCUUGCGCAAAAGGAGAUGUUUGCCCCAAUUGCGACCAUCAUUCGCUACGAUGAUAUAAGCGAAGCUGUUGAAAUCGCCAAUGGCACGCGUUAUGGUCUCGGUGCCAGUGUAUUUGGUCCCCACCAGGAUACCUGCUUGGAGGUUGCGCGCGAGCUGGACUGUGGCAUGGUUUCUAUCAACGACUUUGGUGUCUUUUACGUGAACCAAGAUCUUCCCUUUGGCGGGAACAAAGCCAGCGGAUACGGACGUUUUGGUGGACCAGAAGGUUUGAGGGCGCUCACGAAUCCCAAAUCAGUUAUGUACGACCGCUGGCCAUCACUCAUCCAGACUGGCAUUCCGAAGGUGUUGGAUUAUCCUAUUCGUUCGCUUAUCAAAAGCAGAGAUUUUGUCGAAGGGCUCAUCGUGCUUUUGUAUGGAGACACGUACCGCACGCGUUUCAAUGGUCUCUUGCAGCUCUCGAAUGCGGCGAGGCGGUAGAAUGUCUGAGGGCAUUGUGUGGACGAUCUAUUGACGGAUUCGGGGAGGGAUACCUUAUGGGCAUUUUUGGGGAGAGUACUAAUCC